UGCUAUUUUGUCAUCUCUCAUGUUACGCGUUGGAAAAAAUAAACAUUUAUUAUUAAGUUUUCUGACAAGAUUGUUCAGCACGUUUACAAUGAAUGUUGAAAUAUGUGUAGCCGUUAGCCUGCAAGUUAGCCGAUGCAAAUCUCCACCUAGAUACCAAUGAUGCUUCAUGCUGUUGCUGAGAUUACACACCAGAUUCGCUUCUUUUUCAUUUAAUCUAUUAAAGAUUAUGUCAUUUCGUAAUAAUCCACUUUAAUAAUAUGCAAAAAUGACAACUGAAGUCGAGUUUCUUCGAGAUCAAGUGAAUCGUUUAAACUCCGUCCUGGGACGAUAUCAGGAUGAAUUUCCUCCUCCCUCAGUGUCACAGACAGGUGAUGUGGUCAUGGAAUCUGCAGCUCCCUGGCUCUCAGACAGAGGUCUAAUGGCUCCUCUAAUAGAAGAAUAUGACAGACACAUACAACAGAUGGGGAUGCAGCUCAAGUUCUAUCAGAGGCAGAUGACAGACGUCAAAGCAAGCCUGGAGCAGGUGGUUAAGGAAAACGAGCGGCUUCAUGCAGAGCAGAGAAUGUCCAUUGAAAAGCAGUUGCAGUCUCUGUCCACUGGAACAGCAGGAGACACGACAGCGGAUGCGAUCGCCAUUAGCAAUCUGGAGGAGCAGGUCAAGUGUGCCGUGGAGGAGAAAGAACGGGCUCUUCAGAUGUGGCAGACCGCUUCGCAUGAGUUGGAUCGACUGCAAACCCAGUAUCAGUGCUCCAUAAGUGAUGGACAAAUACACGCAGUUGAAAGGCAACACAUGCAGAAUCAGCUGGCGCAGGUUCAGCAACACAACCAGAAGCUCCAGCUGACCAAUCAGAAGCUGGAAUCAACCAAUCAGCAGUUCCUGAAGACGGUGGCAGAACAGAGCGGUGAGCUGGAGCAGUUACGCAGCCAACUCAGGCAAGCAAAGCUUGAGCAGAGAUCUUCUGCGACUAAAGUGGAGGAGAUGACCAGACUCCUGCAGAAUGUCCAGGAUCAGAUGCAGAGGAGGGAAGAGGACACAGCAGAAGCUCAGGGUAGAGAAGAAGCAUCUGAUCGGAGACUUCAGCAACUACAAGCAGCACUGAAGCAGCUAGAAGCCAGACUCAAAGCUGCGACGCAGGACUCUGAGUCGGUGCGCAGGAAGCAGACGGAUUGGGAGCGACAAGUGGGAGAACUACAGGGUCGCUGCGCCUCUCUGGAAGAGGAGAAAUUUGAAGCCCUCAGUCGCCUCCGCAACUCCAUCCAGCUGGCUGAGGAAGCCUCGCUUCAGAGAGAACAGGCUCAGCUGAGGGAGAAACAGAGAGCAGAAGAGCUUGAGAAGAUGAAAGAUGCCAUGAAGCAGCUGAUUCAGGAUGCUGCCAUGCUCACCAGGAAAGAGGUAGAGAGUGUUCGUAAGCAGUGUAACGUUCAGAUUCAUCGUAUGGCUGAGGAGCUUUCUGCCCUGCAACUGGAGUGUGCCGAUAAAGAGACACAGAUUGAAAGAGCCCAUCGGGAGAGAAAAGCUGUGGAAGAGGAGCUGGAGAAGGUCUAUAAAGAGGGCCGAGUUGGAGAGCCUGAGAUGAGGAAGAUGGAGGCUCUCCAUCAGAGAUGUUUAAAUGCUGAACGAAUGAAGGACGAAAUGCAACUCACACUCAACAGCACUAAAAACAAGAUGAAGAAGAUGGAGAUGGAGUAUUCAGAGGAGCUGUCGCGCUGUCAGGAGGAGGUGCGGAGGCUGCAGUCCACGCUGACGAGUGCAAGACAGGAGAGUACAGCCAUCAGUGAGGAGAGACUUACACUGCAGCAAGAGAACCAGCAACUGCACAGAGACAUGGAAGCACUGCGCAAGGAGUGUGCGCUCGCUCAGAGACGCGCCAAACAACAGGUGUCUUCAAUGCAGCAGGAGCUGUGUGUGAAGGAGCAAGGUUUAGAGUCCAGGCUGAGAGAGAUGGAGGAGAGUAGUAAAAACUCCAGCGCCGGUUUGAGCAGACUGCUGCUCGCUCAACAGAAAACCAUCAGCCGCUACAAAGACGAGGCCAAGAACCUCACACAGGCUUUCCAGCAGAAACUUGACAGCCUCAGGUCAGAGCUGAACAGACAGAAACAGCGCGCUCAGGAACUGGAGAUCCAGGUGGAAGCUGAUCAUCAGAAGAUACUGGAGUAUGAGAGGCAGGUUUUAGAGCAUCAGGAGAAGAACACACGUCUACAGAGGCGUCUUACUCAGGCAGAGCACCGUGCGGUCAGUGCAUCACAACAGCUGAGUGUGAUAUCACAACGGAGAAAAGCUGCAUCCAUGAUGGAUCUUGAGACUUUAUCAUAGAUAAACAGCAUUCAUCAUCAUCAUCAUCAUCAUCAUCCUGAUCAGUUUGUUUUUGGGCUUCACAGUGUGUCAAGAGCUUUCAUUGGCAGCAUUCCCCAUGUGUUUAUUAUUGCCAAUUAAUCUAAUAAAAAGAACUUCAGUUCACCACUUA